AUGGAGAAAUCAGGGGUCUUCAUGGUCUCAAAGAUGAUCCCAUCAUCCAUCAGGGUUGAGGUGUUUGGAAUGAGGGGUACAUUGAGACUCCAACUGGCCUGUUUCUGGGCAGUAAUGAUUUGGAGUGAUGUUAGUUUCCAACAUCCCCAGGACACAGAGCGGUACCAAUACACAGCGUCAGUCUUUGCUCAGCUCCAUCCCACCGAGAUGAAGGCAGUAAGAAACUUCCUGCUGUCCCAGAAACACCUCAACCUUUCAACUGCCAAAAGUCAGACACUCAAGAAAAAUUAUAUCUUCCUCAUUCAACUGCAAACGCCCAAGAAGCACCAGGUUCUCAGUUUCCUGAGGGGAACUGACUGUGUCCCCCGGCGGAAUGCCAAGGUGGUCAUCUUUUUUGGUGCUGAGCCUGCGCCCAAUGUGACUGAGUUCAUUGUUGGCCCAUUACCAAGACCCACCUAUUACCACGCUGUGCCGCUGAGUGGGAACCGGCCAAUAAAGUAUGCUUCACGCCCAAUAACGAUCCUGGAGUAUACCCUCAUUCAGGAGAAACUGGUGGAGGUAACCAAACCUGCGACCCUCCUCCUGAAGACAUCCAGUGGGUUCUGGUGGAGUAACUGCAGUGACCACUGCCUGACCUUCACCGAUGUUGCCCCCAGGGGUCAGAGGUCAGGAGAUAGGAAGACGUGGUUCAUUCUGCAGCGAGCCGUGGAAGGCUUUUUCAUUCACCCAAUCGGCUUUGAGAUUCUAUUGAACCACGAGUCUCUGAAUCCCCAGGAUUGGCUGGUGGAGAAGGUUUGGUUUCAUGGGCAGUACUUUGACAGUGUGGACCAGCUGGUGUGGAGUUAUAACCUGGGCAAUGUGCACAUUUCCCCACUGCCGGAAUAUCAGAGCGAGGGCCUUUAUUCCAGCUACACACCCAGAGAGCACUUCCAGGGCCGCACUGAGAUUCCCGGGCCCAGACUGUACCAGCCACAAGGGCAGAGGUACACGGUGCGAGGGAACACAGUCCUCUAUUCUGGCUGGAGUUUUGCUUUCAGGAGCCAGGCCACCACUGGGCUCCAACUUUUCAAUGUUCAGUUUAAUGACGAGCCAAUCGCGUAUGAGAUCAGCGUCCAGGAAGCCAUUGCAUUUUACUCUGGCCAGAGUCCAGCGGGAAUGCAGACCAAGUACAUUGACACUGCCUGGGGUAUGGGAACCAUGAACUAUGAGCUGGCAAAAGGAAUUGACUGCCCAGAGAUUGCCACCUACAGAGAUGUUCACCACUUUGUGGACACAGAUCAGCCAAUCCGCUACAAGAACGCUUUGUGUAUAUUUGAAUAUCCCACUGGCGUACCGUUGAGGAGACAUUUCGACAGUAAUUUCAAAGGAAGCUUCAAUUUCUAUGGGGCUCUCGAGGGCCAAGUUUUGGUGAUCAGAACCACCUCCACUGUCUAUAAUUAUGACUAUCUCUGGGACUUCAUCUUCUACCAGAACGGGGUGAUCGAGGUCAAAGUUCACGCCACCGGUUAUAUCCACUCCACCUUCUUCACACCCGACGGAGUAAACUAUGGGACUAAAGUCCAUGGCUACGUCUUGGGUAAUCUCCACACACACCUCAUCCACUACAAAGUGGAUCUGGAUGUGGCAGGAACAGAGAACAGUUUUGAAACCCUUGGGUUGAAGUUGGAGAACAUCAGUAACCCAUGGGUUCCAGGAGAUUUCAUUGUGCAGUCGAGAUUGGAGAGAGUGCUGAGGGAGCGAGAGCGAGCUGCAGCAUUUCCCUUCCAGAAAGUUCUGCCCAGGUACAUGCUGUUCACCAAUCCCAACCAGCAGAACAACUGGCAGAACCAACGAGCCUAUCGCAUCCAACUCAACUCUCAAGCAGAUCACCCACUGCUACCUCGCAACUGGAAGGAGGAGAAAGCAAUCACCUGGGGCAGGUACCAGUUGGCUGUGACUCGCUUCCGAGACAGGGAGGAGACCAGCAGCAGUAUUUAUCUUCAGAAUGACCCAUGGGAUCCAACAGUCACCUUCGAGAACUUCAUCCACAACAAUGAGAACAUCACCUCUCAGGACCUGGUUGCCUGGGUAACUGUUGGCUUCCUACACAUUCCCCAUUCGGAGGAUAUACCCAACACCAGUACGCCUGGCAACGCCGCCGGAUUCUUCUUGCGUCCAUUCAACUUCUUCCAGGAGGACCCCUCCGUGGGCUCACGGAGCACGGUGAUUGUACGGCCCGAUGGUCAGGCCAAGGUGAAGAUUCAGAGAUGGACAUUGAGCUCCCCUGAUGUUUGCCUGUCAGAAAGGCCCUUCACCUAUAACGGCAGCUACUUACUUGACUAA